AUGUCUCCAGAUAUAUCGGCGAAUGUUCGUGCAAUUGUUACAGACGACCCUAUAGCACCCAUACAGGAACUGGAUACACGGGCUUUAGACCGAUAUCUUGAAAAAGGAAAAGAAGGGUACGUGGAUUCUCCUAUAAAGGAUAACGGAAUCGUUUUCCAAUCACUUGGUACCAUGCCAAAAUGGAAAUCUGAUUAUCAACAGAAGCAAAAAUCUGUGUUCUCGAUAUUCCCGCGGUCAAGACAAUAUGAAUUAUGGUACACUCGUGAAAGACGAUUGAAAUAUCUUGAAAAAGAGAAAGCAACCAUUGUACCAUGUGGAAAAAGAGUAAAAAAGCUCGAGACGGAUGACGAGCCGUGUAAUUUGUUACAACCACCAAUUUGGUGGAAAGAUAAAUCCAGAAAAUCAAGCAAGUUUCCAGUUGGAGAUAUAAACGACUAUGCGUUCGAAAAAUUAAAAGAUUUCGAUCAUGAAAAUAUGAAACUUAGCGAGAAGCUCGAUAUGGAUCAUCCAAAAAAAUAUAUACCAGGCGUAAUCCAUCAAAUACAGAAUCCAGGAGACACGACUAUGAAGGACACUCUUGAUCGUGCAGAUGCUUUUGAACUCGUUCUAGAAAGAAACGAAACUAUGCCAGCGGGACCUGUUGACAUAAAUGUUUGUUAUUCUGAAAGACCGCCGAUACUGAAUUGCUGUGAAGUAGAGAAGGAUGUAGAAGAUGAUAGUGAUAGACGAUGGCAACCUGUUCAUGAAACUCUAAAACUUGCAAAAACGGAGUUUGAAAGAGACCAUGUACUACGAGAAUUAACCAGGCCGUUUUUACACGAUUUGCAUACGUGGUACUCGAAGAAUAAACCGACAAAGUUAAUCAUCCCCCUUAGACAUUCUGGAAAAAGAUCAAUGCCCGAAUGGCGCUUUUCUCAUUUGUAAAUUGAUUAAAAUUAAUAAAAUUAUUUCGAUAGAAGUUCAUUACAAAAUUCAAGCUAAAUCUGUAAAGUUAUUAUACAAAAUGGCCUUACACAAUAUAAUCUAUGUUAUUUAUAAAUAAGUUAGAAUCAUACAUAGGUUAAAUUAAAAUGAAAUGUUAUCGGCUGAUAGUAAAUCAACGACGACGUAAUUAUGAAAUGUGUUGCAUAGAUGUUUCACAAUUUUUAGUUCUUAAUAGAAAACGUCAAUAGUUAAUUGCAACA